UGUGUUUUAUUGUUAAUGCUUGAGUUUAGUACGCCGGUGAAAACAUUUCGUUUGUUAGCAAAUAAUUCGAUGGUCACUUAAAAUGGCACACAGCGAGAAUAUACCGGUUAAUACAUUCCGGAAUUACUUAAAUAUAUUAAAUGAUCCGGCAGCGAAUGAGGAGAUCAAGUUGAAGGCCACUCAGGAGCUGAGUGAGCACUUUGAAAUGAUCAUGCAGUCUUCUUCGUAUCCUUCUUUUUUGGAAAAUGCGCUGAAGAUAUUCAUGCGAAUAUUACAAGAGGGCGAGCCCCAAUUCAUACAGGAGAACACAGUUCAACAUAUUCGCAAAUUAAUUUUGGAGAUGAUUCACCGAUUGCCCAUCACGGAAAACUUAAGGCAACAUGUUAAAUCAAUUAUUACCAUGAUGCUCAAAUUAUUAAAAACAGAUAAUGAAGAAAAUGUGCUUAUAAGUCUUCGAAUAAUAAUUGAGCUGCAUAAGCAUUUUCGUCCGUCUUUUAAUCCUGAAAUCCAGCAGUUUCUGGGGUUUGUUAAAGAGAUCUAUACAAAUCUUCCAAAUCAUCUUACAUCAAUUUUUGAAACAACAAAUGAUAUUUGGAUAACUGAUUUAAAGGAUUUGGAUUUGGAAAUGCUUUUACCUGAAACAUAUUCAGUAAGAACUAUACACAUAGAAAAGCCACUUGAGCAUAAUUCACAGCAAAUGAUUUAUAAUCUUCUACCACGUGGCAUUUUGUCCCUGAAAGUACUCCAAGAGUUGCCCAUUAUCGUUGUACUGAUGUACCAGAUAUAUAAAAAUGCCGUCCAUCAAGAGGUUGCCGAAUUUAUACCUUUGAUACUGACCACGAUCAAUUUGCAGCCAACUGUGGUUCAAAGAAACUCUGCGCAAAAGGAAAUCUUUGUGGAUUUUAUGGGUGCUCAAAUUAAAACGCUUUCAUUUUUGGCAUAUAUUGUCCGAAUUUAUCAGGAAGUAGUAAUAUCUAAUUCGUUGUCUGUGACCAAUGGAAUGCUGAAUCUAAUGGAACAUUGUCCUAAAGAGGCUGCUCACCUACGAAAGGAACUCUUAAUUGCAGCGCGGCAUAUUUUUGCCACAGAUUUACGCCAAAAAUUUAUUCCAUCAAUUGAUAAGCUGUUUGAUGAGGAUUUACUCAUUGGAAAAGGCGUUACUUUGGACUCUAUUCGCCCAUUAGCGUAUUCAACGCUUGCCGAUCUUGCUCACCAUGUCCGUCAAAGCUUAAGCUUGGAUGUCCUGAUAAAAGCUGUAAAUUUGUUUGCAAAAAAUGUACACGAUGAGACACUUGCCGUUGGAAUACAAACUAUGUCGUGUAAGCUUUUAUUGAAUCUCGUCGAUUGCUUACGGCAUCACAGUGAAAUUGAGCCGCAACGAUCGAGGAACAUUCUGGGAACACUAUUGAAAGUCUUUGUGAAAAAGUUUGAAACUAUCGCACAAAUACAGCUUCCUUUAAUUAUACAAAAAUGCAAAGGACAAUCUCAAUCCGGCGCGCCAGGGAACACAAUUGGUUCAUUUCCUGUACCUGUUGUAAAUGUACCAGAAGUCAAAGAUGACCAUCUGGGAGGUGAUCAAUCUAAAACUUCGCAAACUGGAUCACAAUUAGUUUGUUCAGUGAAUGUAGCAGAGUUUCGAAGUUUAGUUAAAACUCUUGUUGGAGGCGUUAAAACUAUUACUUGGGGAUUCUUUAACUCAAAGGGAUCUGAUUCCACACAGAUGCAGGAAAAACUUUUUAAUCCCGAAAUAUUAUGCACAUAUAUUGAUUUAGUGCAUUUCGCAAUGGAAGCUUUAGAUAUAUAUACCAUCAAUGUCAAUCCGAAUCAACAACGAACAUCUGGAUUAAUUUCACGCAGCAAAGAGGAAAAGGAAGUUUUGGAACACUUCAGUGGCAUUUUUCUUAUGAUGCAUUCUCAGAACUUCCAAGAAAUUUUUGCUACUACUAUUGAUUUCUUAGUUGAAAGAAUCUACAAAAAUCAAUCGCUUCAAGUUAUAGCAAAUUCAUUUUUGGCAAAUCCCACCACAUCGCCACUUUUUGCUACGGUCUUGGUUGAAUAUUUGUUGGAGAAAAUGGAAGAAAUGGGUUCAAACGUGGAGCGAUCCAAUCUUUACCUUCGACUGUUCAAGCUUGUCUUCGGAAGCGUUAGUUUAUUUCCUGUUGAAAAUGAACAGAUGUUGCGACCACAUCUUCACAAAAUAGUUAUACGCUCUAUGGAGUUGGCAUUGAUAUCGGACGAGCCUUACAAUUAUUUUUUGCUUCUACGAGCUCUGUUUAGAUCAAUUGGAGGGGGCAGUCAUGAUCUUCUGUAUCAAGAGUUUUUGCCGCUAUUGCCUAAUCUUCUCGAAGGAUUAAAUCGAUUACAAAGCGGAUUUCAUAAACAACACAUGCGUGAUCUUUUUGUGGAACUUUGCUUGACCGUGCCCGUUCGACUCUCAUCUUUGUUGCCUUAUCUGCCUAUGCUAAUGGACCCGCUAGUAUCUGCUCUUAACGGUUCGCCAACUUUAAUAAGUCAGGGUUUAAGAACAUUGGAACUUUGUGUGGACAAUUUGCAACCAGACUUCUUGUAUGAUCAUAUACAACCUGUUAGAGCGUCUUUAAUGCAAGCUCUGUGGAAAACGCUUCGAAAUCAGGAUAACGCAGCGCUUGUUGCAUUUCGUGUUCUUGGUAAAUUUGGAGGUGGUAACCGGAAAAUGAUGGUGGAACCGCAAACAUUACAUUAUGAUCAGAACGAAAAGCCAAAAAUUUCGAUAGUAACUUAUUUCCAAGAAUAUGAGAAGCCGAUCGAGUUUCCUGUCGAUUAUGCAAUUGAAUCUGCAUUUAAGGCAUUAAGUUCAAACACGACGGAUCAGUUUUACAGACGCCAAAGUUGGGAAGUAAUCCGUUGCUUUCUAGCUGCGUUCAUUAGUUUAGAUGAUGAAAAACAUACCUUGCUUAAGUUAUUUACUCAUAACGACUUUGUCGAAAGCAACAUAAUGAAUUGGCCCAUAUUCCACAAUAAAAUUGACAUAACGAGUGUUCGUGGAACUCAUCAGACAGCUCUAAUUGGCAUGCUAGUUGCAUCAGCCACUAAAGAUCUGAGAGAUUCAGUGUGUCCUGUUAUGGCUGCGGUCGUACGACACUACACGAUGGUGGCAAUUGCACAACAGGCUGGGCCAUUCCCACAGAAAAGUUAUACACCAAAUGGAAUUGAUCCGAUGGUAUUAAUUGAUGCAUUGGCAGCAUGCAUGGGCCAUGAGGAAAAAGAAUUGUGUAAGCCGGGAAUUGCUUGCAUGGGAAUCAUAUUGGACACGGCAACAAACAUAAUGGGUAAUAAGGAUAGAGCUUGCAAACUGCCAUUAAUGCAAUAUUUGGCUGAGAAAAUGACAGCUUUGUGUUACGAUCGUCCAUGGUAUGCAAAAGUUGGCGGUUGCCAGGCGAUUCAGUUCUUAUGCAAGCACAUGUCCUUGCGUGCUCUAUACCAGCAUCUUUUCAACUUUUUAAAAGCCUUUAUGUUUGUCUUAAUGGACCUAGAAGGAGAUGUUUCAAAUGGGGCCUUAGACAUAACAAAGAGUUAUAUGAAAACUAUGUUGGAGAUAUGUUUGUCCCCCAUCAGUGUGAAUUCUCGUAAUGAUGAGCUCGAGGAUUUACAAGCCAAAGCCACAUAUGAAGUAAUUCAUGAGCUUGUACGUCAUAUAACAAGCCCUAACUCGAUUGUAAGAGAAGAAUCGAUGGUAUUAUUAAAACACAUAGGAUCAAUCCAAAAGAAGACUGUUUCCGAAGUUAUGGAUCCCCACAAAGAUGUUCUGGCUGAUAUCAUACCACCCAAAAAGCAUUUACUAAGACAUCAGCCUGCCAACGCACAAAUUGGAUUGAUGGAUGGUAAUACGUUCUGUACAACUUUGGAACCAAGGCUCUUUACAAUUGAUUUAACAAAUACCUACCACAAACUCUUUUUCCAUGAGUUGCUCACGUUAAGCGAGGCUGAGGAUGCUACGUUGGCCAAACUGGAUUGUUAUAAGAAUGUGUCGAAUCUUAUACCACUACGUAUAAGUGCUUUACGCGCUUUAGCCGCUUGUCAUUAUAUUAAUGAUAUUGGCUAUAAAGAAAAGAUUAUAAACAUUAUUUUUAAAGUCAUGGAGAGUGAUAAGCCGGAAUUGCAGGAAACAUCUUAUCUCUGUAUGAAGACAUUUAUUACUGGUAUAACGCUUGAGAGAGAGAAGAUUCAAGCUGCAAUGCGACCUUUGCUGUUAAAACUCGGCGAUCACAGGAACUUGUCUAUUCCGGCAAUAAAACGAUUGUCUUACUUUACGCAGCUUUUCCCGCAAAUGUUUAAUGAGAAACUGAGUGAGCAAAUAUUGACGCAUUGUGCAAAAAUAAUAGAAAUAUUUGUCGGUCAAUAUAAGUGCACAAACGAAAACAUGAAUUUCUUUUCAACAUCAAAAGGAGGAGAUUAUGAACAGAAAAUUGUGACACUUAUUGAAAUGUUUUACCACAUCACAGCAUCAUCGAAAUAUAUUGAAAAGUUAUGCCAACUUGUCCUGCAAACGGAAAAGAAUCUAAUGAUUGAGGCAUCCAGUCCAUAUCGCGAGGCAUUACAUAUGUUCCUUCAACGCUUUCCAGUUGAGACUGUUGAUCUCUUUAUGAUCGAUUCAAUUAUGACCGAUUCUCAAUGGAAUCGUUUCUUUAUCUUUAUACUAAAGCACAAAGAUGGUCAAGCGUUUCGAUCUGUUAUCAAAAAUUCCAAAUACACAAUAUUAUUGGAUUAUUUAAACUGGACUCCAGAUAUUGUUAAUAAAAACAAAUAUGAUGUGCAACAUCAAGCGGUUCUUAUCAUCUAUACUCUUAUGGAACUGGACGAUCAAUGGAUACCAACCAGACCGGAUAUUGUUGAUGCUUUAAGAAACUUGUGGCGCAAUAAUUUGUAUUCAACAUGUGUGGAAAAUGUAGCUUGUGAUUUGUGGCAUUUAGUGGGAAAAAUACUUUUGUUGUAUUUUUCAAAUAACACAAAUGAUAUUGAUCUACUUUUCCAGCUCCUAAGAGCAUUGUGUUUACAUUUUAUUCCUGAUGUAUAUUUUCUGCGCGAUUUCUUGCAAAAUACAGUAGCGCAGAGCUUUACUGUUAAUUGGAAGAGAAAUGCGUUUUUCUAUUUUGUGGAAAAUUUCAACAAUAAUACGUUUUCCGAAGAUUUGAAAGCGAAAAUAAUCACAUCAGUUUUAAUCCCAUGUUUCACUGUAAGCUUCGACAAAGGUGAAGGCAACAAGUUAAUUGGAGCACCGCCGACACCUUACCAAGAAGACGAGAAAAAUAUUGUAUCAGUCUUCAUCAAUAAGGUCUUCGAUCCGGAUAAACAAUAUGAUGAUGCAGUAAGAAUCGCAUUACUACAACUGGCUUGUCUGCUCGUUGAGCGUGCUUCUCAGCAUAUCCACGAUGGGGAUGCAAACAAUAAAAGACAGGGCAAUAAACUGCGACGAUUGAUGACAUUCGCAUGGCCUUGUCUGCUCAGCAAGAAUUGUGUAGAUCCCACUGCGCGAUACCAUGGCCAUUUACUGCUUGCCCACAUAAUUGCCAGACUGGCAAUUCAUAAGAAAAUCGUCCUGCAAGUUUUCCAUUCCCUGCUAAAGGGACACGCCCUCGAGGCAAGGCCCAUUGUGAAACAGGCUCUGGACGUGCUGACACCGGCAAUGCCACUUCGCAUGGAGGACGGAAAUACAAUGUUAACCCACUGGACGAAGAAGAUCAUUGUUGAGGAAGGUCAUGCCAUACAACAGCUCUUCCACAUACUUCAACUGAUUAUUCGACACUAUAAGGUUUAUUUCCCUGUCCGACAUCAAUUGGUGCAACAUCUUAUCAAUUAUAUGCAACGUUUGGGAUUCCCUCCGAGUGCAUCGAUUGAGCAUAAGAAACUGGCUGUUGAUUUGGCUGAAGUUAUCAUCAAAUGGGAAUUACAUCGAAUCAAGGAGGAUGAGAGAGAUGUGAAGAUUGAGGAAUCUGAAGAGGAUCUAAGGGACAUUCAACAGGUCAAACGCCCUGGCAGCGAAACGACAGAAUAUCGAAAGAAAUCAGCCGAGAGCUCAAAUCCAUCUACAACACAAGCUGGCGGAACUUUUUCAAGAACUGAUGACGUUCUGAGAUCGAUAGACAAGUCUUAUUGCGAUACUGUGCUCAAUUUUCUUGUACGCCUAGCAUGUCAAGUGAAUGAUCUACAGUCUGGUAUCAUUUCGCCUGGAGAGAAUUUGUCAAGAAGAUGUAUCAUGCUUUUAAAAUUGGCCAUGCGUCCAGAGAUUUGGCCGCAACCAUUCGAUAUAAAACUAAAUUGGCUUGAUAAAGUGCUGACGACAAUUGAGACUCCCCAUCAUAAUUUGAACAACAUAUGCACUGCCAUUGAUUUUCUCACAUUCUUGACCACAAUACUAAGUUCAGAGCAAUUGGUUGCUAUUGUGCGACCAGUUCAACGUGGAUUAUCUCUAUGCAUAAUACAUCAGAAUACUCGCAUCGUUCGUUUAAUGCACAUCUUUUUGACGCGACUUAUGGCGAUUUUUCCACCCGAUGCACAGCAUAAACAUAACGAUCUUGAUGUUUUAUAUAGUGCGAUUAGCAAAAUGAUAACAGAUAAUUUGACAUUCUAUGAAAAAAGUCCGCAACCAAAUGCAUCAUCACUAUUUGGAACCUUGAUGAUUUUAAAGGCGUGCACAACAAAUAAUCCAAGCUAUAUAGAUCGGAUAUUGGUGCAGUUCAUAAGGGUUUUAAAUCGCCUUACAAAGGACCACAUUAAUAUCAAUACGACUGGCACGGUGAACACAACACAACCAGCAGAUUCGAAUUCGCUAGCUCUAGAACUGUUGGUAUUAUCAUUGGAAUUGAUUAAGAAUCGGAUUGUUAUAAUGAGUGUUGAAAUACGAAAACUAUUCAUUGGUACCAUUUUAGUCAGCCUAAUAGAAAAGAGCUCGGAAGUUAAGAUAAUCAAGUGUAUUAUUAAAAUGCUUGACGAUUGGGUGAAGAGUAAGGAAACUAAUGUAACAGCACACGUUCCAUCCAUACGAGAGAAGUCCGCGCUGCUGGUUAAAUUGAUGCAGUACGUUGAAAAGAAGUUCGCCGAUGAGGUUGAACUAAACGUUCAAUUUCUGGAAAUAAUCAACUAUAUAUAUCGCGAUGAAGUGCUGAAACAAACGGAGCUAACAAGCAAAUUGGAAGGCGCCUUUCUCAAUGGACUUCGCUUUCAGAAUCCCCAUAUUCGAGCCAAGUUCUUUGAAAUACUGGACUCAUCAAUGCGACGAAGGCUUCAUGAUCGACUCUUGUAUAUAAUAUGCUCACAAGCGUGGGAUACAAUUGGAUCUCAUUAUUGGAUAAAGCAAUGCAUUGAACUACUUAUUCUGACAGCCAAUACGAUGACGCAAAUUCAAUGCUCCAAUGAGGCAUUUAAAGUUCCUAGCAUAACUUCUGUGAUUCCAACAAACGCAACUGAUUCUCAGGAGAAUACAUUCGUCUCAUUUCUAUCAUCGCAAUCCGAGUCAUUUGAGAAUGUUCAAAGUGUUAACGACAAGGACGAUGUGUUUGAUAUUGAUUUGAAGCUUGAAUUUACCUCCGUUCGCAAGGAGGAUUGCCAGCAGAUACUUCCCACUAGACGGGACACUUUGGUUGAGCUCAUUUACAAGCAAGCGGAGUUCCUGGAAGCCAAUCGAAAUAUACGGACCGAUCAGAUGCUUGUUGCCACUUCACAGCUUUGCCACAUGGAUACCCAAUUGGCCGAAAGCGUUUGGUUAUCCUUCUUUCCGAGCAUAUGGAACAUAUUCACCGAUGAUCAGCGGGUGAAUAUAUCAAAGGAGUUAAUACCCUUCCUUGCAUCAGGUACAAAUGUUAAUCAGAAAGAUUGCAGUCCGAGUACGCUGAACACGUUUGCGGAGAGUUUAACCAAGUGUUCUCCUUCGAUAUACAUUCCGCCGAAUCUGUUAACAUAUCUGGGCAAAUCCCAUAAUCUUUGGCAUAGAGCCAUAUUGGUGUUGGAAGAUCUGGCAUUGGCCCAGUCAACGCGUAGUGAUGCAAAUAUGGCGGAUGCGAAUAGUCAGCCCGAAUUUGACGGUCAACAUUUGAAUAACAUCUAUGAUUCGCUCUCUAAAAUGUAUUCGGCUAUGCACGAGGAAGAUCUUUGGGCAGGACUUUGGCUGAAAUUUGCACACUAUCCAGAAACAAAUAUUGCAAUUUCAUAUGAGCAAAUGGGAUUCUUUGAAGAAGCUCAGGGAGCAUAUGAUCUUGCCAUGUCCAAAUUUAAACAGGAUCUGAACAGUGGAUUAAUCCAGAUUGACAUUAAUAGCGAAUUAUUGUUGUGGGAGAAACAUUGGAUGCGCUGUGCAAAGGAGCUCAAUCAGUGGGACAUUAUGUUGGACUAUGCGCAAACAAAUAGAGAAAAGAAUAUGUUCCUUAUUCUCGAGAGCUCUUGGAGAGUACCUGAUUGGAAUCUUAUGAAGACAGCACUGUCCAAAACGGAACAGUGUUACUCAAAACACUAUGGAUUUAAAUUGAAUCUGUACAAGGGAUAUUUGUCCAUUUUGUAUCAGGAGGACAGACAAGCGGCGAGUGUCGAGCGAUAUGUUGAGAUUGCUUCCAGCUUAUGUAUAAGAGAGUGGCGUCGCUUACCCAGAAUUGUGUCACACAUCCAUUUACCGUACCUUCAAGCCUCGCAACAAAUCAUGGAAUUGCAUGAAGCGAGUCAGAUUCAUCAAGGAUUAUCCCCAUCGAGAAAUUCUUCUCUGCACGACAUGAAGGCCAUUGUGAAAACUUGGCGCAAUAGAUUGCCCGUCAUUUCGGAUGAUCUAUCACAUUGGAGCGAUAUCUUCACCUGGAGACAACACCACUAUCAAAUAAUAACACAACACUUGGAGCAACAAUCGGAUCAAGGAAGCACAAUGUUGGGAGUACACGCUUCAGCGCAAGCAAUCAUUUCUUUUGGUAAAAUUGCCAGAAAACAUAAUCUUACUGGAGUGUGCCAGGAAACAUUAUCCAGAAUAUACACUAUACCAUCGGUUCCCAUUGUGGAUUGUUUUCAGAAAAUACGGCAACAGGUGAAGUGUUACUUGCAAAUGCCGUCGACAUCGGGAAGAAAUGAAAUCAACGAGGCUCUCGAAGUAAUUGAAUCAACCAAUUUAAAGUAUUUCACUGGAGAAAUGAAUGCUGAGUUCUAUGCGCUGAAGGGUCUCUUGUUGGCCCAAAUUGGACGAACGGAUGAAGCUGGCAAAUCGUUUAGUGCCGCUGUUCAGCUCCACGAUGGACUCACUAAAGCGUGGGCCAUGUGGGGAGACUAUAUGGAGAAAAUCUACUUAAAAGAAAAGCAAAUUUCCUAUGGCGUUAAUGCAUUGAUUUGUUAUUUGCACGCCUGUCGCAAUCAAAACGAAAGUAAAACGAGAAAAUACAUAGCUAAGGUCUUGUGGUUCUUAUCGUACGACUCGGGUGACACUUUAAUAAGCACCUUUGAGAAAUAUGUGUCAGGGAUUCCUCCGUCUUACUGGCUACCAUGGAUACCCCAACUGUUGUGUUGUCUUGAGCAAUUCGAGGGUGAUGUUAUAUUAAAUUUACUAAGCCAGAUUGGACGACUGUAUCCUCAGGCGGUAUAUUUCCCAAUUCGAACUCUGUACCUGACAUUGAAGAUAGAGCAACGUGAGAAGCAUAAAUCAGCUGAACAGGCAUUUGCUGGUAAAUUUGUAUCUUCUAAUUUGGAGAACUCUGCAUCGAUUUGUGGCAGAAAUCCAGUGACAGUUGCGUCUGUUAAUCCAAUUAAGGCAACUCCUCCCAUGUGGAGGUGCUCAAAGGUAAUGCAACUGCAGCGUGAAGUUCAUCCAACCAUUUUAAGCUCACUCGAGGGAAUUGUGGACCAAAUGGUUUGGUUUAGAGAGAGCUGGACAGAGGAAGUUCUCCGGCAGCUACGUCAAGGAUUGAUUAAAUGUUAUGCCAUAGCAUUUGAGAAUAGAAACACGGUUGUCAACGCAACCAUAACACCGCACACGCUACACUUUGUGAAAAAACUGGGAUCUACUUUUGGUAUUGGCAUUGAAAACGUACCGGGAUCUGUUGCAUCCAACAUAACUCACUCGGCUGCUUCGGAGUCGCUAGCAAAGCGAGCACAAGUCACAUUCCAGGAUCCUGUCUUCCAAAAGAUGAAAGAACAAUUUACAAAUGAUUUUGAUUUCACCAAGCCUGGUGCUAUGAAAUUACAUAAUCUGAUAUCAAAGUUAAAAACGUGGAUAAAAGUCUUGGAAGCAAAAGUUAAGAAACUGCCUACUUCCUUCUUGAUAGAGGACAAAUGCCGGUUCUUGUCAAACUUUAGUCAAAAGACAGCUGAAGUUGAACUACCAGGCGAGUUGCUGAUUCCCUCAUCAUCUCAUUAUUAUGUGCGGAUCGCUCGGUUUAUGCCACGAGUGGAAAUCGUUCAGAAAAAUAAUACCGCUGCCCGCAGAUUGUACAUAAGAGGAACCAAUGGAAAGAUUUACCCUUAUCUGGUAGUUCUUGACUCUGGACUGGGUGAUGCGCGGCGCGAAGAACGUGUGCUGCAACUUAAGCGCAUGCUUAACUAUUAUUUAGAAAAACAAAAGGAGACCAGUCGUCGAUUCCUAAAUAUAACUGUGCCAAGAGUCGUUCCAAUUUCCCCACAAAUGCGACUAGCUGAAGAUAAUCCCAAUAGUGUAUCAUUGUUGAAAAUAUUCAAAAAAUGUUGCCUCAAUAAUAAAAUGGACUACGAUAUGCCAAUUGUUAAGUAUUAUGAACGACUGUCGGAAGUUCAGGCACAGGGAACACAGAUUUCACAUACCAUCUUAAGAGAGAUAUUCUCUGAAGUACAAUGGACUAUGGUCUCCAAGACACUUUUGAGGCAAUGGGCUCUUAACACAUUUGCUGCAGCUACGGACUUUUGGCAGUUCAGAAAAAUGUUGACACUUCAAUUGGCGUUGGCAUAUCUUUGUGAGCAUGCACUUAAUUUGACUCGUCUUAAUCCAGAUAUGAUGUACCUGCAUCAGGACUCGGGACUGAUGAACAUUUCAUACUUUAAGUUUGAUAUAAACGAUGACAAACAACAGUUCAAUCAACACAGACCAGUGCCAUUUAGAUUGACCCCAAACAUUGGUGAAUUCAUAACAAAUAUUGGCAUUUCCGGGCCCUUAUCGGCUGCAAUUGUGGCGACAGCUCGUUGUUUCAUUCAACCCAACUACAAACUUAGCUCUAUUUUGCAAACAAUCCUUCGAGAUGAAAUUAUCACAUUACAAAAGAAAGGAUUUAGGCAAAGCAAGGUGCUGGAAGCAUCUGAUGAGCCCUCCGUUGAUAACAACACAAUGGAGCAUACUGUUAGAGUUGUGAAUUCAGCUGUGGAUAUUAUUUUACUGCGAUUAAAUAAAAUCUCCUAUUUCGAUAACAUUGAAAAGAAAAAGGUAUCCGCGCUCAUUCAAUCUGCAACGAAUAUUGAAAACCUUUGCCGCAUGGAUCCAGCGUGGCAUCCUUGGCUUUAAAUUUAGAUAUCUGUAUAAUUAGAAUAAUAAUUAUAAUUGUAAUAAAGACAUGACUUUUAAUAUAAUA